AUGAAAUGUAAAGAGUAUGUGAAAUUAGAAAUACAAGAACAUGUCAUGGAUCAAUGGAACAACAUGAUGUAUUCAAAUACAGAAGACAGAUUUGAUGUACAUCUCAAACACUUCGAGAGUGUAUGUGGUGAUAUUCCAUCAUUUGUCAAUUAUGUGAAAGAAACAUGGUUAACACCAUAUAAAGAAAUAUUUGUUGCUGCAUGGACUAAUAGAGUCCCUCGUUUAAGGAAUACAAUAACAAACAGGGUGGAGUCUGCACAUUUGAGACUAAAGAACAUGUUGACUACAAGUCGUGGUGAUUUAUGUGCAAGUUGGGAUGCUGUGAACACAAUGUUGAAGUUGCGAAAAGAACUAAAAAGAGUCAAAUUUGUUGGUGCAAGCAAGCAGAGGUGUGGUUGUUACAUUAGAACAACACAUGGGUUACCGUGUGCGUGUCAGCUCGUCGGUUACCAGAUUCUAGGCAUACCUAUACCUUUGGAAUCUAUUCAUGUGUUUUGGACGAAAUUGCAAAUUUCGGAAUAUGAGGUGAGUCCCGACGGGAGCAAGUGGGAUUUAGAAGAGGAGUGCGAAGAGUUGAAGCGACAAUUCAAUACUAUGGAUAUUGUGGCUCAAAGGGCAUUGAAGAAAAAAGUUUGUGAUCUUGCCUAUCCAUCAACGUCUUUAAUGUGUUCAUCGUUGGUGAAAUACAAACCAAAGAGAGGAGCUAAGAAGAGUAGAAAAGGCGAGGAAAGUGAUGUGCAUCGUGAUCCAAGUCAGUGGGAAUAUGCUGAUGCUUCGCAAGGGAGUCUGACUACAAAGAGAUCAAGCACACAACCAAGUGGGAUUCAAUCAUCGUCAACCAUGCUAAUAGGUAAGCAACCUUCUACCAAUUCUGCAAAAGGCAAGUACUUGUCACAGUUUCCUGCUUUCUAUCAUCCAUACAUCGAUGAUAUUGUUGAUGUUAAACCGGAUGGAAAUUGUGGUUUCAGUUGUAUUUCAUCUGCAUUAGGAUGGGGGAAGAUGCAUGUUACGAUGUUCGAAGACAGUUGCAUACUCUAA